AUCCGUUUGGAGGAAAGAGGCAAAACAAUAUUUUAGCCUUCUGACCGGGCGGCUUUUUGGAUAUCCUGGAUGGCGGUGGCAGCGGCGGCUGUGGUGGAAAACUUUCCAUGUAGUCUAGAGUAGAAUUCAAGACACAGACAGUACCCAGCAACUCGAGACAAUCCUGAUAAAUGUAUCAAACUCCAGCAAUUUGCACUAAAAUCUAUAGGAAGCUGGUUUUCUUUCUUUAGCCUCCUGUCGCCUCCGUCAUGAACAUGGAGUCCAAGUAUAUUUUGGAGAACUCGUCGGUUGGGACGAGGGUCGGCGGGGCGGAAUUCAACUGCCGGGCAGGCCGCUCCGUGCUCCGCGACACACGGGUCCCCACGGUGGAAAAAAGCGGUUCCAUGCCGGCGUACACACACAGGCCCGUGCUUUACAAAUGUGUAAUGGACGGUGGCUCGGCGGCGGCGGAGGUUAAAAGCGAGAGAACCUCUCCGAGAGGGAGCGGGCUGUCUCCGGCGGGUCGAAUAUUGCACGACGUGGAAAAAACUGGUGUGGGGGACCAAAAAGACACUGGUUUCACUGGGAUCCUGAAGAGGGCCAGUCCCACUCACUGCCCAGGCACAAAUGGGCAGCUGCCGGGUGGCUUCAUGCAUUUGGACAUCAGAAACCCAGGGAAACCGGCGGAGUUGGCCAGCAACUUCAGGGCAGCACAAGGGCAGCAUGUACCACAGACAGAGAGACAACCGCUCCCCUCCUCCCACAUCCCUGUACCCAGAAGCAGGAAGCCCUCAGAUCAUGCUGAUAAGGAGGUGAUGGCUGCCACCGUCCUGACCUCACUGUCCACAUCCUCGUUGGUGCUCUACCCUUCCUCUGCACCCACAGUCCAGGAGACAUCCAAUAAGUCUUGGAAGGAGGCGCUGUCAACUAGCUACAGCAGUUCGACCAGCGGCAACUGGAGCUGGGAUGCCAGUGACCAAUCAGUACCCUCCACACCGUCCCCACCACUCACCAAUGACACCAACAAGAACUUCCUGCUCUCGUCCCAUGGUGAUGAUGUCAAUGAGGAUGUCACAGAGAGCACGCACUUCAUGUUUGAGGACCCCAUACCUCGGAAGCGAAAGAACUCCAUGAAGGUAAUGUUCAAGUGCUUGUGAAGAACUGUGAAAAAGUCCUCAGCAACCUCCUCAGGGAUCCAGCGACACAUCCGCACCGUCCACCUGGGGCGAAACAGUGACUCGGACUACAGUGAUGGAGAGGAGGUUUACUACUCAGAGAUCGAGGUCAACAUGGACAGCCUAACGGAGGUGUCCAGCCUCACACCCACCUCGCCCACCACGGCUGGUCCUCCGCCCAUCUUCCCUCCACCGCUCACCGAUGUCCCUCACUCCGAGCACAUCAAUAUGAAUGGUUCGCAGAGCCACGCCCCUACACUGCUCAGUCAAUCAGCUCCCUCCACACUCUGUCAUAUCCGCACUGACCAUGCCUACCAGGCCACUGCUCCAGUGAGUAUCCCAGUGGGUCCUGAGCUGGCUGGGAUAGGCAGUGGUAAUGGGAUCGGGCCUGGAACUGGGACUGGGAAUGGCAUCAGUGUGCCGUGGCAGUCACCUCCUGUCAUUUUAAAGGCGUCCCGGGCCCUGUGACUCAUGUUCGGACAGUUAGCAUCGGUGAAAAAGCGGCAGCCAGCAGCCAGCACACACACCACUGUUAAUAAGAACCACACUUUAAUAACACCGGGCAACUAAAUCCACACCCAGGAAC